GUCAAUUUGUUCAUCCGUUUUCUUUCUGACAUGGUGUCGUCAGCGAGUUCUUCCCACUGCUAUUUGCCAGCGACCAUCCAGCGUCUCUCACUUCUCCCUCUGCAUUCCUUUCUGUCGCAACCCUCUGGAACUCUUUCGCAUUAUCGUGAAAUGGCGCCCUGUGUGAGGUGCAGAGAUACUCAGAAACCCCGCAACUGGCCGAAGCUGCCCAUGAUUCGCGACCGUUGCGACGCAAACACAACAGCUUCAGUCCCGCAUCGUCCUACAUCGGUACAUGGUAGCCAUGCGAACUUCUGGUGCCGGCAGGCCUCGCCGCUCCUCACAGCCCAAUUUCGAUAGC